CAGAGAGCUGGCAGAAUUUGGAGGGAAUCUACGGCCACGUUCACGGGGGGGUGUGAUCUGAGGUGAAUGGAGGGGUGUGGGGAGGCCGGGGGAGGCCGGGGAGGCAGGAGGAGGCAGGAGGAGGAGGGCCAGCUGAGCCGCUGAUGUUGCGACGUCACUCUGACUGACUGGGAUCCAGACUCGAGGCUGAAUCUGCAGCCAGCAGACGCAGAGGAGGAGAGGAAGAGGAGCAGAGCAUUUGAUCUCCGGUCCCUCCUGUGAGGGAGAACAAAAGAGCAGGAGGUGCAGGAGGUGCAUGCUUCCAGACUCCAGCCCCGCAUCGUCGCUGCGAAUCAGCUGCUAGCUCGAUGCUUCUUCGUUCAGCCUGCUAGCCUUUGUGGCCGGGCUCUCCAUGCACCCACGGACCCCCUGAUCAGACCCGGGCUGGGAGAAGCCUCCCGUCUUUGGCCUCGUCUCGGCUCCGAACCACCGCGCGCGGAUUUCCAGAGAGGACCCCCGCCGUCCGUCCGCGCGCGCGCGCGCCCUCCCUCCACGUCUGCAGCCUCCCAGCUUUGACAGGACCAGGACGCCGAUUGAUGCCGAGGAGUCUCUCCAAAUAGGCUCCAAAUGUUGCGCACCGCGGCCAGCGUGUUGGCGGCAGGACUGCUGCUCCUCAGGUUCUUGCACAGUUUGGAAGUAGUCCCUCUGACGAGAGCCAUCGAUGCCUCGAGGAGCUGCAGCCCAAAGCAGUUUGUGUGUAAGGACGGGGUGACGUGCAUCUCCAAAGGCUGGCGCUGCGAUCGUGAAAAGGACUGUCCAGAUGGCUCCGAUGAAGACCCUGAUGUUUGUCAACACAGCUCCGCGUCUCGAUGCCCACCCAAUGAGUUCCAGUGUGGAGGGACAGAGCUGUGCAUCCACAUGAGCAAACUGUGCAAUGGUGCCCCAGACUGCACUGACGGAUGGGAUGAGGGUCCACACUGCAGAGAAUACAUGUCCAACUGCUCCAUUUCCACCUGUCAAGAACACUGUGCAGUCACUCCAGCGGGCCCUGCCUGCUAUUGUAAGAGCGGCUUUGAGAUCAGUUCGGAUGGAAAGACGUGCAAAGAUUUUGAUGAGUGCAGUGUGUACGGGACCUGCAGUCAGACCUGCACCAACACUGAAGGCUCCUACACCUGUUCCUGUGUGGAGGGUUACCUGUCCCAGCCAGACAACCGCUCCUGCAAAGCCAAGAACGUACCAGUAGACCGGCUUCCCGUCCUGGUGAUUGCCAACUCCCAAAACAUCCAAGCUACCUCCCUGAGCGGCAGCACGGUCCACAGUCUUCUGUCCACCAGCACCAAACAAACCACAGCCAUGGACUUCAUUUACGCCAAGGAAACGAUCUGCUGGAUCCACGUAGGAGACUCUCCCUCAGCAACACACCUCAAAUGUGCCUUGAUCCCAAACCUCAAGAGCUUCACGGAGGAACGAGUCAUCAACAUCUCCUUCAGUCUGCACCAUGUGGAGCAGAUGGCGAUCGACUGGCUCACUGGAAACUUCUACUUUGUGGACGAUGUGGACGACCGGAUCUUUGUUUGUGACAAGGACGGCCAGAUAUGUGUCACCCUCCUGGACCAGGAACUGUACAACCCCAAGGGGAUCGCCCUGGACCCCACCAUGGGGAAGGUGUUCUUCACAGACUACGGUCAGAUCCCGAAGGUGGAGCGCUGUGACAUGGACGGGCAGAACAGGACCAAACUGGUGGACAGUAAGAUAGUGUUCCCUCAUGGCAUCACCCUGGACCUGGUCAGCCGGUUGGUGUACUGGGCCGAUGCCUAUCUGGACUACAUUGAGGUGGUGGACUAUGAAGGCAAGAAUCGGCACACCAUCAUCCAGGGCCUGCUGAUUGAGCAUCUGUACGGUUUGACUGUGUUUGAAAACUAUCUCUAUGCCACCAACUCGGACAACGCCAACAUGCAGCCGAAGACCAGCGUGAUCCGAGUCAACCGCUUCAACAGCUCAGACUACCAAGUCGUGACCAGGGUGGACAAAGGCGGAGCGCUGCACGUGUAUCACCAGAGACGCCAGCCUCCAGUUCGCAGCCACGCAUGUGAGGUGGACCAGUUCGGGAAGCCUGGAGGCUGCUCGGACAUCUGUCUGCUGGGGAACGGACACAAGACCAGGACCUGCCGCUGCCGCUCUGGAUUCAGCUUGGGCAGCGAUGGCAAGUCCUGCAAAAAGCCUGAGCAUGAGCUCUUCCUGGUUUACGGCAAAGGCCGUCCUGGCGUAAUAAGAGGCAUGGACAUGAAUGCCAAAGUCCCGGAUGAGUACAUGAUCCCAAUCGAGAACUUGAUGAACCCCAGAGCUCUGGACUUCCACGCUGAAAGCGAGUUCAUUUACUUCGCCGACGCCACCAGCUACAUCAUUGGCCGACAGAGAAUAGAUGGAACCGAGCGGGACAUCAUCAUGAAGGAAGGGAUCCACACUGUGGAGGGGAUUGCUGUGGACUGGAUGGCUGACAACUUGUACUGGACGGAUGAUGGACCCAAGAAAACCAUCAGUGUGGCUCGGCUGGAAAAAGCGUCACAGACUCGGAAAACUCUCAUCGAAGGCAAAAUGACUCACCCUCGCGCCAUUGUGGUGGAUCCACUUCAUGGGUGGAUGUACUGGACUGACUGGGAGGAAGACCCUAAGGAGAGCAAGAGAGGCAAAAUUGAGCGGGCCUGGAUGGAUGGCUCCAACAGAAAUGUGUUCCUGACCAGCAAAACGGUGCUGUGGCCCAACGGCCUGAGUCUGGACAUCCCACAGGGCAUUCUCUAUUGGGUGGACGCCUACUACGACCGCAUCGAGAUGGUCUACCUUAACAGCUCUGGUCGCAAGACUGUGUAUGAAGGUCAGGAGCUGAACCACGCCUUCGGCCUGUGCCACUAUAAACACUUCCUGUUCUGGAAUGAGUACCGGAGUGGCAGCAUUUUCAAGCUGGACACCAGCACCGGCACCGCCACCCUGCUGCGCAACGAGCGACCGCCCAUCUUUGAAAUCCGGAUGUACGACGCUCAGCAGCAGCAAGGAUCUAACGCGUGUCGAGUCUACAACGGCGGCUGCAGCAGUCUGUGUCUGGCCAUACCAGGAGGCAGGCAGUGCGCAUGUGCAGAAGAUCAAAUCCUAGAUCCGGCAGACAACACCAGCUGCAGAGCCAAUCCGUCCUACGUACCCCCUCCUCAGUGCCAGCCCGGAGAGUUUGCAUGCAAGAACAACCGCUGCAUCCAGGAGCGCUGGAAGUGCGACGGAGACAACGAUUGUCUGGACAACAGCGAUGAAGCUCCGGAGCUGUGCCAUCAGCACACUUGCCCCACCGACAGAUUUAAGUGCAAAAACAACCGCUGCAUCCCUCUCCGCUGGCUGUGCGACGGAGACAACGACUGUGGCAACGAUGAGGACGAAUCCAACACCACCUGCUCUGCUCGUACCUGCCCUCCAAAUCAGUUCUCCUGCGCCAGUGGGCGUUGCAUUCCUCUCUCCUGGACAUGUGACCUGGACGAUGACUGUGGAGAUCGGUCCGAUGAACCGGCUUCCUGCGCCUACCCCACCUGUUUCCCCCUCACUCAGUUUACCUGCAACAACGGCCGCUGCAUCAACAUCAACUGGCGCUGUGACAAUGAUAACGACUGCGGCGACAACAGCGACGAAGCGGGCUGCAGCCACUCCUGCUCCAGCGCUCAGUUCAAGUGCAACAGCGGCCGCUGCAUCCCAGAUUAUUGGACCUGUGAUGGAGAUAACGACUGUGGGGAUUACAGCGACGAAACCCAUGCAAAUUGCACCAAUCGAGACAGUCGCCCGCCUGGAGGUUGUCACACAGACGAGUUUCAGUGCCUCAUGGACGGGCUGUGCAUCCCCCUGCGUUGGCGCUGUGAUGGGGACAGUGACUGCAUGGACAUGAGUGACGAGAAGGACUGCGAGGGAGUCACACACAUGUGUGAUCCCGCUGUCAAGUUCGGCUGCAAGGAUUCUGCACGCUGCAUCAGUAAAGCCUGGGUUUGUGACGGUGACAGCGACUGCGAGGACAACUCGGAUGAGGAGAACUGCGAGGCGCUGGUGUGUAAGCUUUCCCACCACGUGUGCGCCAACGACUCCACCAUCUGCCUGCCUGCGGAGAAACUUUGCGAUGGCACUGAUGACUGCCCAGAUGGCUCUGAUGAGAAACUGUGCGACCUCUGCUCCCUGGACAACGGAGGCUGCAGCCAUAACUGCACGGUGGCGCCUGGCGAGGGCGUGAUCUGCUCCUGUCCUCUGGGAAUGGAGUUGGGCUCUGACAAUAAGACGUGUCAGAUUCAGAGUUUUUGCGCCAAACACCUGAAGUGCAGUCAACGCUGCGAGCAGGACAAGUUCAGCGUGAAAUGCUCGUGCUAUGAAGGCUGGGAGCUGGAGCCUGACAUGGAAAACUGCAAGAGCACAGAUCCGUUCAAACCCUUUAUCAUCUUCUCAAACCGCCAUGAGAUCCGCCGCAUCGACCUGAACAAAGGAGAGUUCAGUGUUUUGGUCCCCGGCCUCAGAAACACCAUCGCCCUGGACUUCCACCUCAGCCAGAGCGCCCUCUAUUGGACCGACGUGGUGGAGGACAAGAUCUACCGCGGGAAGCUGUCUGAGAACGGAGCUUUAACCAGCUUUGAUGUGGUAAUCCAGUACGGGCUGGCUACACCUGAGGGCCUGGCGGUGGACUGGAUAGCAGGAAACAUCUACUGGGUGGAAAGCAACCUGGACCAGAUCGAGGUGGCCAAGUUGGAUGGCACCAUGAGAACCACGCUGCUGGCUGGGGAGGUGGAGCACCCUCGAGCCAUUGCUCUGGACCCUCGAGACGGAAUCCUCUUCUGGACUGACUGGGAUGCCAGUCUGCCAAGAAUUGAAGCUGCAUCCAUGAGUGGGGAAGGCAGGAAGACCAUCCACAAGGAGACGGGCAAUGGAGGCUGGCCAAACGGACUCACUGUGGACUAUCUGGAGCGGCGGAUCCUGUGGAUUGAUGCCAGAUCUGACGCCAUUUAUUCAGCCAAGUACGAUGGUUCUGGGCUGAUCGAGGUUCUGAGGGGCCAUGAAUACCUGUCGCAUCCUUUUGCCGUUACCAUGUAUGGGGGAGAGGUUUACUGGACAGACUGGAGGACCAACACGCUGGCCAAAGCAAACAAGUGGACCGGCGCCAACGUGACUGUGGUCCAAAGAACCAACACCCAACCAUUUGAUCUGCAGGUCUAUCAUCCAUCCAGACAGCCUGAGGCUCCAAAUCCGUGUGCUCCUAAAGACGGCAAGGAGCUGUGCUCUCACCUGUGUCUCAUCAACUACAACCAGACGUUCUCGUGCGCCUGUCCCCACCUCAUGAAGCUUGGACCAGACAAACGCACUUGUUACGAGUCGCGGCAGUUUUUGCUGUACGCCCGCCAGAUAGAGAUCAGAGGAGUGGACAUCGACAACCCAUACUACAACUACAUCAUCUCCUUCACCGUCCCAGACAUCGACAACGUGACCGUGGUGGAUUAUGAUGCCCUCGAGCAUCGAAUCUACUGGUCAGACGUCCGGACUCAGACCAUCAAGAGAGCGUUCAUCAACGGCACUGGAGUCGAGACCGUGGUCUCUGCUGAUCUGCCCAACACUCAUGGCCUGGCAGUGGACUGGGUGUCCAGGAACCUGUUCUGGACCAGCUAUGACGCCAACAAGAAACAGAUCAACGUUGCCAGACUGGACGGCUCCUUCAAAAACGCCGUCAUCCAGGGGUUGGACAAACCGCACUGCCUGGUGCUGCAUCCCACCCUCGGGAAGUUGUACUGGACAGAUGGGGAUAACAUCAGCAUGGCCAACACCGACGGCACAAACCGCAGCCUCCUCUUCAGCAACCAGAAAGGGCCUGUCGGCCUCUCCAUUGAUUUUGACACAGAGCAGCUCUACUGGAUCAGUUCAGGAAACAGCACCAUCAAUCGCUGUAAGCUGGACGGCUCAGGACUGGAGGUGCUGGAAGGAGCUAAGGGCAAGCUGAUCAAGGCCACUGCUCUGGCCAUCAUGGCGGAUAAGUUAUGGUGGGCAGACCAAGGAACAGACCAGAUAGGAACCUGCGACAAGAAAGAUGGCGGCAAUUGGAAAGUCUUAAGGAACAACACUUCUCCUUUGAUGCACAUGAAGAUCUACAACGAAACAGUGCAGAAAGGCACCAAUCUGUGCAGUAAUAACAAUGGAGACUGUUCGCAGCUGUGCCUCCCCACCUCCCAGUCCACCAGAGCGUGCAUGUGCACUGCAGGAUACAGCCUGCGAAGGGGGAAGCAAUCCUGUGAAGGUGUUGGCUCUUUCCUGCUGUACUCUGUGCAUGAGGGCAUCCGAGGCAUUCCUUUGGACCCAGCUGAUAAGUCUGAUGCAUUGGUACCGGUAUCUGGCACCUCCUUGGCUGUUGGCAUCGAUUUCCAUGCUGAAAAUGAUACAAUCUACUGGGUGGACAUGGGCCUCAGCACCAUCAGCAGAGCUAAGAGGGACCAGACCUGGAGGGAGGACGUGGUGACCAACGGCAUUGGCAGGGUGGAGGGCAUUGCUGUCGACUGGAUUGCUGGAAACAUCUACUGGACAGACCAAGGCUUUGAUGUCAUUGAAGUCGCCCGUCUGAACGGCUCCUUCAGAUACGUGGUGAUCUCUCAGGGUCUGGACAAGCCGCGUGCCAUCGCUGUCCAUCCUGAGAGAGGGUAUCUGUUCUGGACAGAGUGGGGUCAGUAUCCUCGCAUUGAACGGUCUCGGCUGGACGGCACACAGAGGGCAGUCCUCGUGAACGUCAGCAUCAGCUGGCCCAACGGCAUCUCCAUCGACUAUGAGGAGGGACGGCUGUACUGGUGUGACGCCAGAACUGACAAGAUUGAGCGCAUUAAUCUGGAGAAUGGAGAAAACCGGGAGGUGGUGCUGGCCAGCAACAACAUGGACAUGUUCUCCGUGUCUGUUUUUGAGAAUUACAUCUACUGGAGCGACAGAACCCACGCCAACGGCUCCAUCAAGAGAGGCAACAAGGACAACGCCACAGACUCCGUCUCACUGAGAACCGGGAUCGGGGUGCAGCUAAAGGACAUCAAGGUCUUUAACAGAGCCAGGCAGCAGGGAACAAACGUGUGCAAAAACAACAAUGGCGGCUGCCAGCAGCUCUGCCUUUUCCGCGGCAACAACCAGCGCACAUGUGCCUGCGCUCACGGCAUGCUGGCUGAGGACGGCCGCGGCUGCCGCGACUACGACGGCUACCUUCUCUACUCUGAGCGCACCAUCCUCAAGAGCGUCCACCUGUCGGACGAAAACAACCUGAACGCCCCCAUCAAACCGUUUGAGGACCCGGAGCACAUGAAGAACGUGAUCGCGCUCUCGUUUGACCACAGAGGAGGGGGAGGGAAAGGAGCCAACCGCAUCUUCUUCAGUGACAUUCACUUUGGAAACAUCCAGCAGAUCAGUGAUGACGGAUCCGACCGCAAGACUAUUGUAGAGAAUGUGGGCUCGGUGGAGGGUUUGGCAUACCACAGGGGCUGGGAUAUGUUAUACUGGACCAGCUACACAACCUCAACUAUCACCCGCCACACUGUGGAUCAGAGCCGCUGGGGGGCGGUUGACCGGCACACUGUGGUGUCCAUGUCUGGAGACGAUCACCCGAGGGCGUUCGCCCUGGACGAGUGUCAAAGCCUGAUGUUCUGGACCAACUGGAACGAGCAGUCCCCGAGCAUCAUGCGUGCCACGCUGACCGGUGCCAACGUGCUGGUCAUCAUCGGCACAGACAUCAAAACCCCCAACGGUCUGGCUAUCGACCACCGCGCUGAAAAGCUGUAUUUCUCUGACGCCACGCUGGACAAGAUCGAGCGCUGCGAGUACGACGGCAGCAGGCGCUACGUGGUGCUGAAAAAUGAGCCGGUCCACCCGUUCGGGCUGGCCGUGUAUGGAGAUUACAUCUUCUGGACGGACUGGGUCAGGAGAGCCGUGCUCCGGGCCGACAAAUACACGGGAGCGGACAUGAAGGUGCUGCGUGCAGACAUCCCCCAGCAGCCCAUGGGAAUCAUCGCAGUGGCAAAUGAUACAAACAGCUGUGAGUUCUCCAUGUGUCGCAUCAACAAUGGCGGAUGUCAGGACCUCUGCCUGCUGACCUCUGAGGGAAGAGUCAACUGCAGUUGCCGUGGAGACCGCAAGCUGCUGGAGGACAACUCCUGCAUUGCCAUCAACACCACAUGUCACUACAUCGAUGAGUUUGAGUGCGGAAACGGGGACUGCAUCAACUACACCCUGACUUGUGACGGCAUGGCCCACUGUAAGGACAAGUCUGAUGAGAAACAGUCCUACUGUGCCAACCGUCUGUGCAAGAAGGGCUACAGACGCUGCGUAAAUGGCCGCUGUGUGGGGCACGGCUCCUGGUGCAACGGGCAGGACGACUGUGGAGACAACUCCGAUGAGCUUUUCUGUAACACCACGCUUUGCACAGCGGAUCAGUUCCAGUGCAGAGAUGGAAGCUGCAUCUCCAACUCCAGCAAGUGCAACCAGAAGCUCGACUGCGAUGAUGCCAGUGAUGAAAUGAACUGCUCUGCCACCGACUGUUCCAGCUACUUCCUCCUGGGAGUGAAGGGAGUUGUGUUUCAGAAGUGUGAGUUCACCACCCUCUGCUACGCGCCCUCCUGGCAGUGUGAUGGAGCCAACGACUGCGGAGACUUCUCAGAUGAAAGGAAUUGCCCAGGGAGCGGGAGAACAAAGUGUCCCACGCCUUUCUUCUCCUGUCCCAGCGGUCGCUGCAUUCCCAUGAGCUGGACGUGUGACAAGGAGAAUGACUGUGAGAACGGGGAAGACGAAGCUCACUGCGACAAGUUCUGCUCAGCCUCCCAGUUUCAGUGUACGAACCAUCGCUGCAUCCCCAGCCGCUGGGUGUGCGAUGGAGCCGACGACUGCGGUGACAACUCGGACGAAGGCAGCAAGUGCAAGAAUAAAACCUGCAGUCCAGACGCAUUCCAGUGUCCCGGCUCGAACACGUGCAUCCCACGACGUUGGAAGUGCGACGGUGACAAAGACUGCUCUGACGGAGCGGACGAGAGUGUCCGGGCCGGCUGUUUCUUCAACGACACGUGCAGCGCCAACGAGUUCAUGUGCCAGAACCGUCAGUGCAUUCCCAAGCACUUUGUGUGUGACCAUGACAACGACUGCAGCGACGGCUCCGACGAGUCUCCGGAGUGUGAGUAUCCUUCGUGUCGACCCUCUGAGUUCCGCUGUGACAACGGCCGCUGCCUCAGCCAGGCGUCAUGGGAGUGCGACGGCGAGUUCGACUGUCACGACCAGUCGGAUGAAGCACCAAAGAACCCGCGCUGCACCAGCCCAGAGAAGAAAUGUAACGACUCGGGGUAUGCCUGCAAAAACGGGAACUGCAUCAACGACACGCUGCUCUGCGACCACAAGGACGACUGCGGCGACGGCUCCGACGAGCUGAACUGCUUCAUCAACGAGUGUCUGAACAGCAAACUGAGCGGCUGCUCCCAGCUGUGUGAAGACCUGAAGAUAGGCUUCAAGUGCAGAUGCCAUCCUGGUUUCCGUUUGAAGGACGACGGAAAGACGUGCGUGGACAUAGAUGAGUGCACAACCGUUUAUCCCUGCACACAGCGCUGCAUCAACACACACGGCAGCUUCCACUGUUUGUGCGUGGAAGGGUUCCAGCUCAGCCCGGAGAACCCAACGAUAUGCAAAUCCAUUUCUGAUGAAGAGCCCUUCCUGAUCUUUGCCAACCGCUAUUACCUGAGAAAGCUUAACUUGGAUGGCUCCAACUAUACACUACUUAAACAGGGCUUAAACAAUGCCGUAGCUCUGGACUUCGACUAUCAUCAGCAGAUGAUUUAUUGGACAGACGUGAACACACAGGGCAGCAUGAUCCGCCGCAUGAACAUCAACGGCAGCAAUGUUCAGGUCCUUCAUCGCACCUUACUCAGCAACCCUGACGGUCUGGCAGUUGACUGGGUCGGAGGAAAUCUGUACUGGUGUGACAAAGGCCGGGACACAAUAGAGGUGUCGAAGCUGAACGGAGCUUAUCGGACCGUUCUGAUCAACAGCGGGCUGAAAGAGCCUCGUGCUGUGGCUGUGGACGUGCGCUACGGGUACUUGUAUUGGACUGACUGGGGGGACAACGCCCAUAUUGGGAGGAUUGGGAUGGAUGGAACCAACAGGAGCGUCAUCAUACAGGACAAGAUCACCUGGCCCAACGGUCUGACCCUGGAUUUUGUAAAUGACCGGAUCUACUGGGCCGAUGCACGUGAGGACUACAUCGCAUUUGCCAGCCUGGAUGGAACUAACAGACACACAGUUCUGGCUGAGGACAUCCCCCAUAUCUUUGCCAUGACUAUGUUUGAAGAGUACAUCUACUGGACGGACUGGGAAACAAAGUCAAUCAACAGAGCUCAUAAGACACUGGGGACCAAUAAGACAAUGCUCAUCAGCACCCUGCACAGACCCAUGGACAUCCACAUUUACCACCCGUACCGUCAGCCUCGAGUGGCAGAUCACCCGUGCCAGAUAAACAAUGGCGGCUGCAGUAACCUGUGUUUGCUCUCACCUGGAGGAGGCUACAAGUGCGCCUGCCCCACUAACUUUUACCUCUCUACCGAUGGAAAGCACUGCUUAUCCAACUGCACCGCCAGUCAGUUUGUUUGUAAAAAUGACAAGUGCAUCCCGUUUUGGUGGAAGUGUGACACAGAAGAUGACUGCGGGGAUCGCUCGGAUGAGCCUGCAGACUGUCCUGAGUUCAAAUGCAGACCAGGGCAGUUCCAGUGCGGCACGGGUAUCUGUACAAACCCAGCCUACAUCUGUGACGGAGACAACGACUGUCAGGACAACUCAGACGAGGCCAACUGCGACAUCCACGUGUGCCUGCCGAGUCAGUUCAAGUGUUCCCACCCAAGUCGCUGCAUCCCAGGGAUCUUCCGUUGCAACGGGCAGGACAACUGUGGUGAUGGAGAGGAUGAAAAAGACUGUCCUGAAGUCACAUGUGCCCCUAACCAGUUCAAGUGUGCCAUCAGUAAGCGCUGCAUCCCGCGGGUUUGGGUGUGUGACCGGGACAAUGACUGUGUGGACGGAUCGGACGAGCCCGCCAACUGCACUCAGAUGACUUGUGGCGUGGAUGAAUUCCGCUGUAAAGACUCCGGCCGCUGCAUUCCUGCCCUCUGGAAAUGUGACGGCGAGGCAGACUGUGGGGACGCCUCCGAUGAACCAAAGGAGGAGUGUGACGAGCGGACCUGUGAGCCUUACCAGUUCCGGUGUAAAAACAACCGCUGUGUUCCCGGCCGCUGGCAGUGUGACUACGACAACGACUGCGGGGACAACUCUGACGAGGACGGAUGCAUGCCUCGAAAGUGCUCAGAGAGCGAGUUUGCCUGCACCAACGGCCGCUGCAUUGCUGGCCGCUGGAAGUGCGAUGGUGACCACGAUUGUGCGGAUGGUUCUGACGAGAAUGGCUGUGAUGUGAAAUGUGCGGGCGAUGAGUUCCAGUGCAAAAACGGCCACUGCAUCCCCAUCCGCUGGCGCUGCGAUGCCGAUGCCGACUGCAUUGACGGCAGCGACGAGGAGAGAUGUGACAACGUGGACAGACACUGCCCCCAUGAUGAGUUCCAGUGCAACAACACUCUUUGUAAGCCCCUCGGCUGGAGGUGUGACGGAGAAGACGACUGUGGGGACAACUCUGACGAGAACCCCGAGGAGUGUGUUAAAUUCCAGUGCCCCCCCACAAGGCAGUUCCGCUGUCACAAUGACCGGGUGUGUCUGCCUUUAACCAAACGCUGUGACGGUGUCAACAACUGCGGGGACAACAGCGACGAAAUCAACUGCCCAGCCAGCCCCACACCGGUCUGUCAGAAGAACGAGUUCCGGUGCUCCAGCGGUCGCUGCAUCAGCUCUGCUCUGCGCUGCAACUACUUCAAUGACUGCGACGACUACGGCUCGGAUGAAAUCAACUGUCAAAAGACGGACACAGUUCUGAACGACUGCCGCAGCAACAAGACGCAGUGCGGCGAUGGAGACGAAGCGCACUGCGUGGUGAAUGGCUCCGACUCCUUCUGCUCCUGCAAACCCGGCUUCCAGUCCAGCGGGAAGAACCGAUGCGAAGAUAAGAACGAGUGUCAGCAGUUUGGAGUAUGCUCCCACAUCUGCAACAACACCAAGGGUUCCUACAUGUGCACCUGCCACAAGCCCUUCAGCAAGCACAACCACACCUGCAAGACGGACUCUCAGAAACAUUUGUACAUCGCCGAUGACAACGAAAUCCGCAGCCUGGACCCGUCCGUGUCAAACUGGCGCUACGAGCAGAUCUUCCAGGGCGAUGCCAACGUGCGCAUUGAUGCCAUGGACCUCCAUGUAAAGACCAAUCGCAUCUACUGGACCAACUGGCACACGAGGCGCAUUUCUUCCUAUGAUUUGCCUUCAUCCUCCACCUCCUCCCAAAACAGCAACCGGAACAGGCGCCAAAGUGACACCAGGGUCACCAAUCUGGAUAUUCCUGAUUUGAAGAUGCCUCGUGGCAUUGCUGUGGACUGGGUGGCAGGAAACCUGUACUGGACGGACUCUGGCAGAGACGUGAUUGAGGUCGCUCAGAUGAACGGCGGACACCAUCGCAAAACCCUAAUCUCCGGCAUGAUUGAUGAGCCACACUCUAUUGUGGUGGAUCCCCAGAGAGGGAAAAUGUACUGGACGGAUUGGGGUAACCACCCCAAGAUCGAAACAGCCGCUAUGGAUGGCACCAUGAGGGAGACCCUGAUUGAUAAGAACAUACAGUGGCCGACUGGUCUGGCGGUGGACUAUUUCAAUGAGCGUCUGUACUGGGCCGAUGCUAAGCUCUCCUUGAUCUGCAGUGUCAGGCUGAACGGCAGCGAUGCGGUCGUGGCUGUAAACGGUGUUAAAAACAACCUUCAUCACCCCUUCAGCAUUGAUGUCUUUGAGGACUAUAUCUACGGCGUCACCUACAUCAACAACCACGUCUUCCGAGUCAACAAAUUUGGUAAAGGCCAAGUAGAAGACCUGACGACUGGACUGAACCAUGCCACGAGUUUAGUGUUAUACAACCGUUAUAAACAACCUGAAGUGACAAACCCCUGUGACAGGAAGAAAUGCGAGUGGCUUUGUCUGCUGAGCCCCAGUGGACCGGUCUGCACCUGUCCCAACGGACGCACGCUGGACAACGGCACAUGUGUGGAGCUGCCUACACCCACGUUAUCUCCAAUCUCUCCUCCCAGCGGCCCUUGCACAGUCCAGUGCAUGAACGGCGGCAGCUGUUUUCUUAAUGCCCACAAACAACCAAAGUGUCGCUGCCAGCCCAACUUUGGAGGCGAGCGAUGUGAGAUCGAUCAUUGCAUGGACUACUGCAAGAAUGGUGGAACGUGCACGCCCUCUCCCACAGGCUUCCCUACCUGCCGAUGCCGGAUCGGCUUCACGGGGCCAAAAUGCAACCUGCAUACAUGUCGAGAUAACUGUAAGAAUGGAGGCAAUUGCACAGUCAGUCCAGGAAACCAGCCAACCUGUCAUUGCCCUGCAGACUUCCUGGGUGACCAGUGCCAGUACAGAAGCUGUGAAGGCUACUGCCUGAACAAAGGAACGUGUCUGCAGAGGGAUAACGGCUCCAAGGUGUGCCGCUGUCCUCCGCAGUUCACCGGCAGCACAUGCGAGAUCGACAGGUGUCACUAUUGUCGAGACGGCACCUGCAUCCCCAGCGAUGGAGUUUCUUCCACAGGGGAGGUCACCUGCCGGUGCAAAAACGGCAGAAUCCAGCCAAGCUGUUACACUUGUGAAACAAAUGGAUACUGCGCCAAUGGCCAGUGUUUUAUGAACCCCAUUACUCGCCUACCAGAAUGCAGAUGCUCGCCUGGCUGGUCCGGGUAUCGAUGUGAGUCCGUGGCCAGCAGCAGUGACGGCUCAAGCUCAAGUGGACGCACAGCCUCCAUUGUGGUGACAGUGUUGAUCCUGCUGCUGCUGGUUCUCCUGGGUGUGGGAGCUCUGCUGUGGUACAGAAGACGGAUGAGGGGGUCUAGCCGGCCUGGAAAAACCGGCUCCAGACGCCUGCGAGCCAAAGGCUUCCAGCACCAGAGGAUGACCAACGGGGCCAUGAACGUUGAGAUCGGCAAUCCCGCUUACAAGAUCUACGAGGGCGAACCGGACGACGACGCCGGGGAGCUGCUCGAUGCUGACUUUACUCUGGACCCUGAUAAGCCCACCAACUUUACAAACCCGGUGUAUGCUACACUAUACAUGGGAGCUCACAACAGUCGCAACUCGCUGGCCAGCACAGACGAGAAGAAGGAGCUGCUGUCGCGAGGAGACGAGGAGCGGCUUGUUGACCCGCUGGCUUAGACACACAGCAGAAUAUUUUGUUUUCAAGCCCACCCUUCUUUUUGCCUUUUGAAGAAAACCGAAACGACAAAAAAAAUCAAUAAAAAGUGUGAAAGAAAAUUGCUAAAAGUGUGAACACUGUAUAAAAUGUACAAAAAUGAAGGACUACUUUUGUAUGUGAUUGCAGUAUUAUAGUUCUUUAGAAGAUUCCUCUGGUCAAAAAUGAAUAGCAUUUUCUAUGAGAGAUUUUUCAUUUACACUCUGUCCCUUACCCUUUACCUAAAUAGCCACUACCUCUGUACAAAAUGACAUGGAAACAAGUAAAUCAGAAGAAAAGAAGCUUUGGUUUUGGAGCGAUUCGUUUUCUUUUUUAUUAUUUUUGUAUGAAUUGUAUAGAAGAGAAAAAGAAAAAUCCGUUCCAUUUCACCAGUGCCAACUGUUUGUUGUUUGUGUCGACUUUGAGUGGGAAAGGCAAAACUCAAAGCUUUCUAAAUCGGUACAUUUGUCGUCCUGCUGGGUUUCCCCGGCAAGAUUGUGUGAGGCAAGUUUGUGGUCGUCUUUAUGUAUAGCACAUGUCAAACGCCAGAUGGAAACCAGAGCAUUUUCUCAGAGAACAAUCUCCAUGAAGCGAUUGUGUUGUCUUCCUUGCACAGAAUGUCACAUUUGACUGUGUAGUUUGAACUUUUUAUCCGAAAAUGUGGUGAAAUUACAACAGCAGCUGGAGAUGAGAGAAGUUGGUUAAAGCAUUCCAUGGAUGGAAAUGUAGGACGUGAAGACGGAGCUGCAAUGGCCAAAUCUGCAAGACUUUGACGAUGGUGUCUUCUCUAAAAUCAUAAAUAAAAACAAAGAAGGACAGCAUUUAGUUUUGUCUUAUACUUCUCCAGUCAAGUACGGACCAGAUAACAUCCAUCUGGUUUUGUGAAUAGUUUUAUCUUUCUGCCUUUAACGAGUGGAAGUCUGUACGUUCACAGUUUUGUAACGACUCAGUCAUUAAAGUGCAUUAUUUCCAUUCCGUCCUCAGCAGCUCCUUUUGAGCUCUUUAUUCUCCGUGGCCUGCUGCUGCUGCUGCUGCUGCUACCAUUCCGGUCGCGCCGACACUUCCUUACGCUCAGCCUCCGUCCCAAAAUGCUGCUUCUGUCAGAAAUGUCUCAGCCGUUUUAUUGCAUGUUUGUACCACGACUGUCUGUGUAACGAUGCCUUUUUAUUUGCUUACCAGUCAAGUGUUAUUCUACGCUGUUGUGUUCGUUUCAUCUUUAAUUUAGAGAGAAGUACAAUCACUUUACCUAAAGCAGUUUUUGCUGAAUCAUACAUGCAUUUUUUUCAGAUUUUCUUCUUUUAUUAGUCAAUUUAUUUUUAAUGGGGGAAAAAAUGACAUAGCUUUUCUAGUACACAAUGCAUGGCGGUCAGACUUUCUUCUGGAAAGAGAAUACUUUUAAUUUUUGCUGGAGUACUUUACAAACUAAGUCACAAAUGUUGGUAUAAAUAAAAUUUUUAAAUUGUACAGAA